CCCCUAGCCCAGCCUGUCGUUCUGUCCCACUGUCCGUCAGUCACUCAGUCAGUUAGUGGGACUCGGUGCGCGCGCCUGUCAGUCAGCCAGUCAGUCAGUCAGUCACAGCCAGCCAACACAGUCGGUCGGUCCUCCCAGCCGACAACAGGGGCAGCUGGGCAGCGCCCGCACACACUCUAUCCGUCCGUCCCCCCGGACGCCCGGCGGCCAUGGCACUGAGCGAGCCCAUCCUACCGUCCUUCGCUACGUUCGCCAACCCGUGCCGGGAGCGCGGCUUCCAGGAGCGCUGGCCCCGCACGGAUCCCGAACCGGGCGGCGCCGACGAGGACCUCAAUAACGUACUGGAAUUCAUCCUCUCCAUGGGCCUGGAUGGGCUGGGUCCCGAAGGGUCUGCCCCCGAGUCCUCGGUCGCCUUCUACCCGCCACCGCCCCCCGGCUGCUACCCAGAGCCCCCCUCGGCAGCGGCCCAGCCGGCCCCGCAGCCACAGCCGCCCCCCUACGGGCUGGCUGCAGCCCCGGAGCCCCCGCCGGCCCCGGCUCCCGGCACACUGCAGGGUCGCUUCCUGCUCGCCCCGUCCGCCUUCGGGGCCUUCGCUGACGGCAUCAAGGCUGAGCCCGAGUUGGACGGCGGAGCCUUCGCGGCCGCCCUGGGUCGACCCCCGCGCUGCGUGAAGCGGGAGGGCGGCGGCGCCUGCAUGCUGGGUCCCGGGCCCAGCCCCGACACACCCCCGCUGAGCCCCGACGGCCGCAGCCCGCUCCAGGACCCCCACCCGAGGUUGGCCGCGCCGCGCCCCUUUGGGCCCCCGGGUUCCUUUGGCCCCGCCGCUUUCCCUGGGCCGCCUCCGCUGCACUACCCCGGGGGCCCCUUCGGGCUCUUCGAUGAGGGCCUCGGGCUGGCGGGCCCUGGCACCGCGGGGCCCGCUUCCCGAGGGCUACUCACGCCCCCCUCGUCGCCCCUGGAGCUGCUGGAGGCCAAGCCCAAGCGCGGCAGGCGCUCUUGGCCCCGCAAGCGGACAGCCUCACACACGUGCACCUACUCCGGCUGCGGAAAGACGUACACCAAGAGCUCGCAUCUCAAGGCGCACCUACGCACUCACACAGGUGAGAAACCCUAUCACUGUAACUGGGAUGGCUGCGGCUGGAAGUUUGCCCGAUCAGACGAGCUAACCCGGCACUACAGAAAACACACGGGGCACCGGCCCUUCCAGUGCCACCUCUGUGACCGAGCCUUUUCCCGGUCUGACCACCUGGCUCUGCAUAUGAAGAGGCAUAUAUAACUGGGCUCUCCCCUGGGCAGGCCUGUAGCUGGCACUACAUGCUGAGCCUCGAGCCAGAGACCUUUCUGAACUCUUCCCAGAAUGUGACUGGUAUUUAUUGGGCUUUUGUAAAAGGCAGGACUGUACUUGUAUACAGGGCAUUUCUUCCUCAUUGGACCCCCGACCACAGACUUAAAAAGUUUGUGCAUUAGAACCCUUGACACAGACCCCAGUGGGACUGAGAGACUGUUGGAGCCAACAGCUUUGUUGCCAGUCUCACCCAAAAGGCAGGGUUUGAGAAGAUUCCCUACUUCUUGACGAAUUUUGUAUUCAAAAUGGUGCAAUAGUAUUCUUACGUUCUCUGCCAUGGUCUACACUAGUACGAGGCUUGAUGCCUUGUAAAGAAACAUAGCCUUAACCUUACUGCCUAGAAUGAUGGAUAAUGUAAAUACUUGACAAAUAUAGUAUUAAUGUAAAUAGAAGGACAAAUGGGUGUUUUUGCCUGUUUCUGUUUUAUAUGAAAAUGAUUUCUCAAUUUUUAAGAAAUAAAAAGAAAUGUUUUGCCAUCUUUUAAA